AACUGCGCCGAGAUUUUUGCAAACGAUAGCUUAAAAAAUAUAUAAAAGGAUACGGAGAAAUGCAUACUCAUAAAACAGAUGGAAAGCACAUUGUGAAUAACAAGAAAUAAUACAUAUUUACAAGCUAUUUCUAAAAAAAAUUAACACUAUCGCCACGAUGAGUUCAGACAUGAUCGCUGACGAAAAGAGUUUACAAGAUCUCCUUUCAACAUUUUGCGACGAUGUAAUACCGAAGAACGAUGUGGACUAUACCGUUCCCGAAACUAUCCAAAAUUAUCGAAAAACUAUAGAAUCAAAUAAGGAAGUUAGUAUAUUCGAUGCUGAUUAUUGCACACCAAAUGAUUUGGAUGAUCAUCCAGAAAACGCUUGCAGUACUAGUAGUAGUAGUAAUAGCGGUACCAAUAAUAAUACCUUUCCAAAAGACGAGAAUUUAACUUAUGUUCUAUCUGGCAGGGGUAGAGGAGGUAGAAACACUGUUUAUAAACCUGGGGAGAGUAUAAAUAAUAGUAUAGAAAGUGAUGACAUAACUCAGCAAAUAAGAAAGCUUCAUGUGUUGGGUUAUAGUAACGAAAUAACCGAAUUAUCGGUGAAAGCUCAUCAAUUAUCAAAGAAAUCGAACCAAGGAAGCACGACAAGUAAUUCACCGAUCACCCUAAGCAACAACACAAACAGUAGUAGUCCAGAAAUGUUUGCAGAUGUGGAAUCGAGUGAAACAUCUAAAGAAAACUUGGUAGAGGAGACUCCAGAGCCGAAACCGGCUCCUCCGCUUAGUGUCUUGCUUAGACAGGCUCGCGAAGACGUGAAAAAUAGGAAGGCCAAACAAGCGAUGAAAGAAUUAAACGGUAGUCCUGCCAAAAACCAGAAAAUUUUAAAGGAAAAAAAUGAAUCUCCAGUUAGUAGAACGUCGUCUUCUAUGUUAAAUGUUAGUCCACCGAAUAGUUUUCUGUUUGUAACCAAUGAUAGCAAACCGAUAAAUAUAAGCUCGGAAGAAGAGUUUCCGCCGUUAUAAAAAAAAUUAAACGUUAUAUAUCUUCAGUUUCAUUUACCUGACUUGCAUAUAUACAUUAUUUGUCAAUGAAAUUUGCUGUAACAUGUGUAUACAGGGUAAGUCUUAAAUAAGUGCAAAUAUUAUUAGGGGUGGAAUAUUUCGACCCUCGAAUCUUCAUUCGUUUAAAGACAAUCUCUUGAUUUUUUUUGUACAACUCAUAGUUUUUGCUUAAAAAAAAUAAAUCCAUGAUGUAAACAAAUAAAAGAAUCAUUACGUCAUACUUCUCUUAUGAAUAAUUUCGAUUGUCGAAAAAUUUAGCCUUGAUGUUUAAAGAAAAUAAUUUUAUUUUAAGCUUUGAAAAAUUGUCAAUAUAAUUUUAUUUUUUGGAUAUUUUUUUUUUGUUUGUAAUAUGAAGAUAUAAAAAGAAUAUACAGGACGGUUAGAUGUUCUGAAAAAGCUCCAUAUCAAGUUUUCAAUUUGAUAAUUUAAAUUCUGUUUAUAUUUUCAUCGAUAUACAGGCCCAUAAAAAAGCCUAGUAUGUCUCAAGAAAUUUGUUUAUCAUUUUUUCUUAUUAUUGUUUAUGAAAAUAGCAGGAAUGUUUUUGUUUUGAUGAUGUUUAGAAGUAUCCCCUUGACCCAGUAUAGAGUGAUAUUGAUAUAGUCUGUAAAACGAAUAACUUUGAAUUUGACAGUUCCCGCGGGCUUUUCUAGUGUUAAUUUUAUUAGGUUAGCAACUUGCGGCCAUGCUGACGCAAUGCCGUCUCUAAUAGAACAGCCCCG